CUUACAGCCCUGUGUUAACGUGGUUAGCCCUCCUGUGUUAACGUGGUUAGCCCUCCUGUGUUAACGUGGUUAGCCCUCCUGUGUUAACGUGGUUAGCCCUCCUGUGUUAACGUGGCCUACCCUCCUGUGUUAACGUGUGUGUCUCCCCCCAGACCCCCUCCAACAUGUCGCUGCAUGAGGAGCUGGACAACACCAGCUUCAGACUGGAGGACCGCAAGAGCCUGAUGGGCCUCAAAGACUCUCACUCUACGGACCGGGCCUCCCCCCCCCCGGGCUACAUCCCCGACGCCCUGCAGCAGUUCACCAGGAACGGGUCCUUCACCUCCAUCAACAGUGAGGGGGAGUUCAUCCCCGAGAGCAUGGACCAGAUGCUGGACCCUCUGUCGAUGAGCAGUCCAGAGAACUCUGCGUCGGGGAGCUGCCCGUCUCUGGACAGCCCCCUGGACAGCGACUACCCCAAGUCCCGGAUGCCCCGGGCACAGAGUUACCCCGACAACCACCAGGACUUCCCAGAGUACGACAUUCCGGUGUUUGAGAAGUCUGGGAAGGGCGGGACCUACCCGCGGAGAUACGGCAUUCCCUUCAGCCUCCAGGACUACAGCGACGGGAGGAAGACGUUCCCGAGGGCCCGGAGGACCCAGGUCCACGGGCUGCGCUCCCCGGUGAGCUUCAGCCCCACGGAGCCGUCCCCGUCCACCAGCAGCGGCAGCAGCGUGUUCACCCCCGACCUGGAGGAGGCCCCGCUGGGGGGGGGCCCGCCGCUGGGGGGGGGCCCGCUUCCGGGGGGGCGGCGGCCUCGCCGCGGCAGCGACAUCGAGGGGAACAGCGUGGUGACGCCCACAGGGACCCCCGGACUCUCGGUCAUGGACAUCAGCCCGCCUAGCCGCUCGCCGCGCGCCCCCACCAACUGGCGCCUUGGGAAGCUGCUGGGGCAGGGCGCCUUUGGGAGGGUGUUCCUCUGCUACGACGCCGACACCGGCCGCGAGCUGGCCGCCAAGCAGGUGGCCUUCGACCCCGACUCCCCCGAGACCAGCAAGGAGGUGAGUGCUCUGGAGUGUGAGAUCCAGCUCCUGAAGAACCUGUUCCACGAGCGCAUCGUGCAGUACUACGGCUGUCUGAGGGACUCCACCGAGAGGACCCUGUCCAUCUUCAUGGAGUACAUGCCCGGGGGCUCGAUCAAGGACCAGCUGAAGUCGUACGGCGCGCUGACGGAGAACGUGACGCGGCGCUACACCCGUCAGAUCCUGGAGGGGGUGUCCUACCUGCACAGCAACAUGAUCGUCCACCGCGACGUCAAGGGGGCCAACAUCCUGCGGGACUCUGUGGGGAACGUGAAGCUGGGGGACUUCGGGGCCAGCCGGCGGCUGCAGACCAUCUGCCUAUCGGGGACCGGCAUCAAGUCGGUGACCGGGACGCCCUAUUGGAUGAGCCCCGAGGUCAUCAGCGGGGAGGGCUAUGGACGCAAGGCUGACAUCUGGAGCGUGGGGUGCACGGUGGUGGAGAUGCUGACCCAGCGCCCCCCCUGGGCGGAGUACGAGGCCAUGGCGGCCAUCUUCAAGAUCGCCACCCAGCCUACCAACCCCAUGCUGCCCCCCCACGCCUCCGACCACUGCCGUGACUUCCUGAAGCGCAUCUUCACGGAGAGCAAGGCCCGGCCCUCGGCCGACGAGCUGCUACGACACAUCUUCGUACACUAGAGGUCUUGACCCUUGACCCCGACCCCUCCAACCACGCCCCCCCUCGUCAUGCUGGACGUCGCCUUUACCUCGUGGGCGUGGCUGUCGUGUCGACCCCAUCCCCCAUCCCUGAAACUCCUCCUCCCCCCUUGGUUGAAUCACAUUGGAAGGAAACGGAGCUCUGUGAUUGGUUGAAUGAGCGGUAGCCCCGCCCCUUCUCUCACACCGUUGUUGCUCGUUGGACGGAGUCGGAGGUCUGCGAUUGGUGGAUGAAUGGUGGUCCCGCCCCCUCCUCCCAUCCUGAUUCGCUGCCGAGGACUUAAGGCGUUUUCUUUCUUUGUUGUUUUUUUUUGUCUCCCUGCAAAUUUGCACCUUAAUUUCCCCGCCGCAGCGCAGGGGUCCAAAGCACUUCCCCUUCUUCCCAUGAAGAAGGACUCCAUUUUAUAAUGCCAAUAUAUUUGCCGAUAUAUAUAUUUUGUUUUUUACGUCUGUAUGUUUCCCCUUCCCCGCGAUCCCUCCCCUGUCAGCCCUGGACCUACCCCCGCUCGGACCUAGAGGGCGACUGGCACCUCCCCCCCGCCCGCUGACCCCCCCGAAUGUAUUUGGCCGCAGAGACCCAGAGCACUGGGUUGCUAUGGCAACCGCUGCUUGGGGGGGUGGACGCCUCCUCCCAGCGACACACACACCCUCGUAGAAACUCAACCUGAACUCGCUGGUUCCAUUGUUUCCUCUGGUUGCUGAUGGUUCCUUCCCUGGUUCCUCUGAUGGUUCCUUCCCUGGUUCCUCUCUGGUUCUUUCCCUGGUUCCUCUGAUGGUUCCUUCCCUGGUUCCUGUGAUGGUUCCUUCCCUGGUUCCUGUGAUGGUUCCUUCCCUUGUUCCUGUGAUGGUUCCUUCCCUGGUUCCUGUGAUGGUUCCUUCCCUGGUUCCUCUGAUGGUUCCCUCUGAUGGUUCCUUCCCUGGUUCCUCUGAUGGUUCCUUCCCUGGUUCCUCUGACGGUUCCUUCCCUGGUUACUCUGACGGUUCCUUCCCUGGUUACUCGCUGGUUCCAUGGCUCUGGUUCCGCUGAUGGUUCCUCACUGGUUCCUCUGAUUCCACUGGUUCUUCUGGUUCCUCUGGUUUCUCACUGGUUCCUCCUCUGAUUCCACUGGUUUCUCACUGGUUCUUCUCGCUGCCUCUCCCGUCUGUCUGUCCAUCUCAAGCUCUGGACAGAAGUUCUGCGUUGUUGUCUGUGUUUGCGUUUAUUUAAUAAUGUGCCUUUUUUAUUUGUCUGUUUCCAACGGUUCAGUACUGGUUCCGUAAUGGUUCCUUAACGGUUCAGAGCUGGUUCCUUAACGGUUUAGUACUAGUUCAGUAACGGUUCCUUAACGGUUCCUUAACGGUUCACUAGCGGUCCACAAGUCGCUGUGGCUAUCCAGGGGUCAGGGUACGACUCAAAAGACCUGUCCAUGCAGUAGACGUUCCUCAUUGCUCCGUUUCCACUGGGAAGCCAAAAGAAGGGCGUUAUGUUUAUCAGCCACCAGAGAGCGCUGUGUUUUAAUCAAGGGGAUCAUAUCUAAAUGCAAGAGAAAAAGUUCCAGCCAGCGCUAACAAACUAUCGUUUUAAAGUUGAGACCUCAAACGUUCCAAGAGUCAUCGCUGACGACGUAAAUUUGUUGUCAACGUUUGAACGUAGGCAGAAUUUGGUACGGGCGUCAGAGGAAGUCCUGCAUGUCUUAGAAGGAGGAGGCUUGGAAAGGCUCUGAAUAAACUCCUCAGACGGUCUCACUCAAGUAUUACCCCACUAGGGUCCGGGGCCUAACCUCGGACCACGGUCUAGAUGAACCGGUCCACCCUCUGCUGUACAGAGAACAGCGUCCUGUUCAUGGUCACAACAUGAUCAGUGUACGGAGGAAGAGGUGCAUUCUGGGGAUGGACCUUUCCCUUAGCCGGGCAGAGUCAAAGAGCGUCCGAGCGUUCUCAUUGGCCCAGCCCGGAAGAGGGGUUUGGUGCUUACGGUUGAUUGGCCGACCGUCCGGCUGUAUGAUACCGUCUUGCUCGUUGAUAUUCGUCGGAAUGUUCUUCUUCGUCGAGUUCGGCUGCCGGUACGACGUCGUGUUAAAUAAUCGGUUUUAUCGGUUUGUACGCUUUCUACAAUGUAUGCCUUUUUGUACGCCCCCUCAGACAGAGUCGAUACUUACCUCUUUGAUUUUAGGUUUUAUUUUCUUUAAGGUACAUUGGCGCCCCUAAUCCGAAUAAACGGUUCAGUCGUCGUGCAGUUACCAGUUUGAUCCAGAUCUAACCCGACCUAGUUUAACUAGCUAACCUGGACUUAACGAGCUAACUCAGCAUGCUGUAAAUGCAUUUUAUGUUGUGAUCAUAACUGCAGUACUUUUUUUUAAGGGGUUUUUGGAACGCAACCUGUACGUCUGCGAAACAGACACCGUGUCAAAAUUCAUGUAAAGAUUUGGAUUUAGGCUUAUUUAAAGGGCAUAGUAGUAUUGGUACUAUUGAUAUAGUAUCGAUAUUAUGGGCAGGUUUUGUGUCCCAUUUUAUCCCAAAGUGAUAAACAUAUCUUAACCCCCCCCUGCUACCCAUCAUGGACCAUUCCACCAGCCUCCUAUUGGCUCAAACUGACAUACAGGGUGAACCUCCUAACCAAUAGAAACGCUUCUCACGGACCUGUCGUAGUGCCUCUCUUCUAAUUAAACUUUAUUUGUACGGCCCUUAAUCACCGGUACAGUCUCAGGGGGCAAGGAAAAACUCCCUUAAUGAGCAGGGAAGAAAUCCCGAUACGGAGCGCAGGGUAGGGGACCCCUAGCAUGGCUAAUGCCAAGCUCCAUCAUAGAUUGAACGUUGGACUGGGGAGGCUGCUGUCAUUUCCUUUAGCACAAGAGGCGGGAUCAGCGGGCCGAGUUCAAACGACCCUGUACGCGAUUGGCUGCUUGCAGUCGCUUCCUUGUGUUAAACCACCCAAUACCGCGCUAGGGGAAAAAGCCAGCUUGGUGAUUGGCUCCCAUAAAAGUAGAGAAACAGGAAUAGGUGUAUUGCUCCGCUCCAGCCCCUGCUGCACGGUGAAUUUAAAUGGCCCCAGAGCGGGCGGGGCACACAGUCUAGGUCCCCUCCUUCCAGGGUGAAUUCAAAGGGCCCCAGAACAGGUGGGGCACACAGUCUAGGGGACCCCUCCUUCCAGGGUGAAUUCAAAGGGCCCCAGAAUGGGCGGGGCACACAGUCUAGGGGACCCCUCCUUCCAGGGAUGGGCAGGAGUGCAAUGGGGGCCAGAUUUGACAAAAAUGGAUACAUACAGGAAAAAGGUGUUUGAUCAAGGAUGACUUCUGUAUUGAAUGAUACUGUUAAUCAGGAUAAUAUUCGUAUAGAAGAUGAACGACCCCUUAGGAAACACUUCUCCUGACCUUUAAGGGUUGUAUCAGUGAUUCUAGAAUCGAAACAUUAAUGAUCACAUUCGUCUGAUCUUUCCUCACGGCCCGCUAGCUUCCCGCCCCGUCAAAAAAACGUGUCUCUGUAGGCAGCCUAUGCCCCGAGAUCGUACACAAAAACAAAUGGUACUGCCAACCACUCAAAACCAAAAUAUAAAGUAUUCCAACCAAUCACCGACAAGGGGUGGGUGUUGUGGGGUUUUGCGCUGCGUUCAUGAUAGUUUUUACUGGAUGCACGAAACACGGAAGGGAGGGGCAAGCUGGCUGUUUGUUUGGGAUCUCGCUGCAAAUACCAACAGAAGUAACGUCACCCAACAUCUUCUUCUGGAACGAGGUUGCUCAUGGGUGAGGCAGUGUACAUGGGGGAUUGAACCCCCAACCUUGUGGUCGGGAUACCCCCGGUUUUCCAUUGCUAUCGACGUAAACAUUGCAAGCCUGAAACGUAAGAUUCCGAAAAUGUGUUUAUGCGGACCUCUUCCUACGUCGACCAAUGAAUCUUUUAUUUUAGUUUUUUUAGGGACUGACAUUAAUAAAUGAACGACUCUUUGGCACGCUCUUAUGUAAACGCACUUAUGUUUGCUGUUGUGGUGGCGAUUCUGCAAUGAUUUCUUCGGAUGAAUGUAAUGCUUCGGUUUGGCCUGCAGAGGGCGACUUUACCCCCCACUAGAAACGGACUGGAGCCGGACCUGAUACACGGUGUGUGUGUGUGUGUGUGUGUGUGUGUGUGUGUGUGUGUGUGUGUGUGUGUGUGUGUGUGUGUGUGUGUGUGUGUGUGUGUGUGUGUGUGUGUGUGUGUGUGUGUGUGUGUGUGUGUGUGUGUGUGUGUGUGUGUGUGUGUGUGUGUGUGUGUGUGUGUGUGUGUGUGUGUGUGUGUGUGUGUGUGUGUGUGUGUGUGUGUGUGUGUGUGUGUGUGUGUGUGUGUGUGCGCGCGCGCGCGCGCUUGGACGACACACUGUCUGCGUUAGUGGUUAGCGUUCAGACGGUUAAGGCGGUAAUAAAUAAGAUGUAUAAAUGUAAAUGAUUUAAAACGUAGGCCUACCUUUUACCCCCCCCACCGACCCCUUCUGGCCUCUAUCGUAAAGAAGCCAUGUUUAUAAUCCUUUUGAUGGCCGCCGGCCAUCAAAGCGCUUGUUUAUAUCAGAUGUGUAUAUCAGUGGUACGCAUAAUUUUUUAAGAUAUAUUUUUUUUAUUUGGUUUCUUAUUUUAUGGGGAUGUGUUGCAUGGAACGGGGGGCGGGGUGCUCUCUCCGACGCCCCCUAGGGCACGAUGGAACGGUUCUGUUAGUUAAGAUAAACACGGCUAAGAUGAUGAUAAAAUAAAGGAUAUUUAUUUCA